CUGAUCAGAAUGGUGACAUCCGUGGGGGAGGGGGUCAUGUCUACCCACCUGCACGGAAACGAGACAAGUAACCACGUGAAUCAACUGUUCGUCACUAAUGGAACGUCCAACCAGCGCAGUUACGAAGGUGCAGAAGCAACAGAAAGCAGAAGCGAACAUAGUGGCCUCUUAACCAACAACGAAAUGGCGCAAAGGAUGAGUCUCCAAAGUGGAAUGCAACCCAGUGAGUACAUUCACCACGUGCUUCCAAACGGGAGUGACAGGGAGGUGAAUAAAUUCAUGCAAAUUUAUUUAAAUGGGGAGAAGAACACACCAGAAUGUAAUUCGACACAAUUCACCUCCAACCAGUAUGAAUACCCGAAUCGUUUUUUCGACAAGGAAGACACCCACGUAUCGAUAAACCAGUUCGACUACCUCAAUGAUGUGGACACCAAUUUGGGUCACUUCGGUGGAGUAACCACCAUGGAUGGUAGACACAACGAUGCUGGUGAGGUGAAUUGGGGGGGAGAACAGACCUCCUCUGAAGGCCUAUACAUGCAUAUGCUACAGAGUGGCCAAAGGAAUGAACCCCUUAUUGGUGAUCCCUUUCAGGGGGAUUCCCUGAAGAAAAAUGCGCUACUUAGAUGUAGUGGUCUUAAUGGAGGAGUGUUUCCAUCCGUUCUGAGGAACGCCGGUAGGGAGGACCCAACAGGGGUGCACUUAUGUGGGGAUAAACCAGACAACCUCACGAUAGAGCACAUUUUAAAGAGGGCCCUCCUGAGCAGCGACAUUUUGCAGAACGAAGUUUUAAGCAGCGAAGUUUUAGGGAGCGUCAUCUCAGAUGUAAAUAUUCUUGGGGGGAGCAUCGUCGGCAAUGGGUGUGCUUCCAACGGGGUCGCCUCACCACAGCAGGUGCUCACUAAUCACGACAUCUACCCCCACGGGAACGAAGACUUAAGAGGAGAUUUUCACCUGAACAGUCAGGCCAUUCUAGGUACGGAUCAUCUGACCAAGCAGAGUGCCCAAAUAAGUUACAACGCAAUGAAUGGAGGUGCCUUCCACCAGAGCUAUUCAGACAGUUAUCGACCUCCCAUCGAGGGGAAUCUCUUCUACAAUGUGCAGUUGCAUGGACAGGGAAUACACAACGAAAAUGACAGCGAUAAGGAGAAUGGGAAUAACCAUUCUAGCAAGGCAGUGAAUAGAAGUUGCACAGAUGGAAUAUACUGCUACUACGGUGAAAACAACAGGGGGGAUGUCCGCACGGGGGAUGACCACACGGGGGAUGACCAUACGGGGAAGAGAAGUCUGUAUGUGUCGUCGGGCCAAGUGAGCAACGCUAGUGUUAGCAAUGUUGCAUCUGGGCGGAACAUACAGACCACAAACUGGAAUGAUGAACGGAUGGACUACGUUGCACCGUGCAGGUGGAGUGAACCCAGAAGAGAAGAUAACUCAAGUGCUGCUCAAAGUGACGGAGUAGUAAUAAUAGGAGAGGGAACCCCCUGUGGUGUAACCAGACAACGCACCUUUUCCAUCCGUAGGAAGACCGAUCUUGUCAGAGCAGUUAAUGAUCCUUCUUUUGACAUGGCUUGUCCUAAUGGGGAGGAAGAGGGAGAGGGAGAAGUUUCGCUCGGUUUUCCUGUUCAUAGGACACCAAUUUAUACACAGUCCAAUCAGGGGGGCGGAUCCCACCCAGAAGGGGAUCACCCAUAUGGAGACUACUCCACAGUGAAGUGUCAAGGGGUUCAUUCCGUCACCAACGGGGACACGUUACCAAGCUACAUUUGUGAGGAUCCGAAGGGACUUUCCAAUUUGUGUGGAACAUACUCAGGUGGUCACUUGUCCUCCUUGGCGAAGCAGAUGGAUGGCCUACACGGGGGGGUAUACCAAAGUGACUCUCCCCACUUGGGGUUACAACGGUCCGCCAACAACAAUAUACAAUGUGUUGAUGCUGGUGUAAAAACAGAACCCAUGCAGAACCCACCGUAUAAUCGUAGUGACCUAUAUCCUACUAUGUACACACAGAGUAACAUCUACAGCAGCGUGUCGAACGAACAGACGAACAGCCAAAUUAUCCAACCGGCGGGGUCGGCCACCCAAUCGAAGCACUGCAGUCGUUUCAGUGACGGAGACACGAACAACAUAAACAGGGAGUACCAGUUUAGGAACGUAAAUGAAGAAGAGGAGGGACCACCCUGUGCGGACAACGCCUACCCGUACAGUUACCAAAGUGACGUCACAUCUACUAAUGGAAAGAACCAAAUGGAGAACCAUUUGCUCGGUCAGGAAGAUUCAUUCAAUAGAAGCAACGUCCCUCCUUUCAGCCUGAACAAUGUUCCUGUGGAUUCUUUCGAAAAUGCAUACAAUGCAGGGAAUGGCGUGUCGUCUGCCCGUUCCAACAGUUGUGAGGAAUCCGUGGGGAGAAGUGUAUCCAUGGGGGGGAGUCUCCACGAGGUUGGUUCCGUAGGCAUCCCCCUAGAAGUAGGUGCUACUACCGGGUUGCAAAAUCAGGACCCAUUUUCACGAAACAACACAUGUAGUGCGUAUGGAAGGGACCUCCCUGUGGAAGGAAUGCAGAACAAUCACUCCUCAGUGCUACUAUCCCGGUUAAUCCAUACUGACAUGCCUGGAGGUGCAAACCACCAUCUGACCGUUCCUCCAAUAAUACACAUGGCAGAAAAUAACAACUCGUUCAAUGGCCCCCACCAUAACUUCGUUGAUGCGUCGACCAAGUGCGUUAAUCUGCGGGGGGGUGUCGACAUGAGAGUCAUACCAACUACAAACAGCGGUUCCCCAAAUGGUGUGCCUCUCCUCGGGAACGAACAUAUUUACAUCGACCCGAACCGUUAUAGUAGAAUCAAUCGGCCCAACAAUACCUGUUCCAUGCAGGUAGAUGCGUCCAAUGGGUUGUGCCCGGCAAAUGUAACCACCAACCAGAUGAGCAGCUACCAGUACGAUUUGCUAACCUUCAGGCAAUCCAGUAGUUACUACGAUGGGGUAAACAACACGGUAGCGAAAGGUAGGACAGAAGAUGCGUCAUAUGGUUGUACCCAUGACUCCGUUAGAGGGGAAAAUAAUUAUGCUCAUCCCAAUGGGGGGUACUUAAACAGUGACGAAAACAUUUACAGUGGGAAUUACUCCACCAUUAGCAACAUCGUGAGGAUGAAGGGAUACCCUCAUGUGUCUACGGGGGAGUGUGGAAAGGACAGUAGAAGCAGUACUACUACGACUGUGCUAAAUGAGGAGAUGCUGGCGGGGAGUACCAACAUGCAAGAUGGUUCCCGCGUCGACAAGAUGCGUGAGAAUCUAACCAAAUUGGUGGCCAUGAAGUUGCAAAGCAACAACGGUGCAGGUGCUACGAACGGAGUGAGAAGCGUAGGGUGUACAGGUGACAUGCUCUGCAACCCGGGCGUCAACCCUAGUCACGCCAACUAUGACUGCUUUGCCUGCACGGAUCGUAGCGCCACGCAAGUGUCUACCGAACAGUUCAGAUACACGACCUUGCCACAGAUGAAGUUUGUCCAGACGGGGGGUCCCCAUCGGAGUGUCCACCCCGGUAGCGUUAUCCCACCGCAGAGGACAUUCCUAAAGAGCAGCAUCCACGUGAACAAUGGCAUAACCGAUCGCCGUGCGGCCAUCCCUAGAAUGGUCGAAGUGCCCACCCCGAAACAGCGUAUCCUUCUUCCGCUCAUCCUCAGACCUCGUACCGUUAAACUGCGUGUUGGUAUGGCACAUAUCCGUACACCACGCAUUCGGGUACCUUACAUAAAUAGACACCCCAUCUGCUGUCGUCGAAGUUUCCCCCCUCGCCUGGUGCACCUCUUCCCACUUCGCCUUGGCACGGGGGGAGUGGCCACCACCAGGAUGAGUGUCCUCCCUUCCAAACUGCUUAACACUGCUUGUGGGAAGAUACACCCUCCAUUGGAAGAUCGCGCAUGCAGAGACGAACAGACGCUAAUGAUGAAGGGUUCACAUGGAGAGAAUACAGAAAACGAAGUAACGCACGAUGAGGUCCCUCACACAGGAAACAUAAACUAUGGGCAGAACGGAACAGGCGAAAGUAGAAACAAUGACGACCCUCCGAUGGAAAAAAAAGCGACAAAAAAACGAUCCAGAAAAUCGAGGGUAAAAAGAAAAAAUAAAGUCUUCGGAGGGAUUGUAAAAAAAGGAGGAAUUUCCUUCGACUUGGAGGUAGAAUCCCGUCGAAUUAAGGAGACCCCCUUUUGUGCCUACUCGUUGGUUGACUUACUGAACAGCCAGAACGCUGGUAGAAGGGAGGGGUUAAAAACAACCGUGAAUGAAGGGAAAAACUUAAUGUGGUGCUCAUGUGACAUGCACCAUGACGUUAACUGCUUCACCGAUUAUGUAGACUUUUUAAGAGGGAGGACGAUGGAGGAAGAGGAUGAAGAAGAGGAGCAGGAACAACAUACGGAGCAGUUCGAAAAGAAUGACCGGACGGGUGGUAGUCGGCGUGACAGCCACAUAGACCGAAACUGCCAUAAUGAUGCAUAUCAGGGUGACAUGUGUAUGAAAGUAACGGAACGACACAGGAAGGAAGACACACAACAGAUGAGUAACGAACCAGUGGAUGAUCCAAAAGGAAGAAACUCCAUCCGAAAAUGCGAUAACGUAUAUUAUAACGUUAAUAAAAUAUGGUCUGUCAAUUUUAAUAGACCUUUGGGAGACAUCGGUAGGAAGCUAAUUUUAAAGGAAAUACGAGAACUGCAUUACAAGGAUGCAGCCAAGACGACGUCACUUCUUAUGAGAGAAGGAUUAGACUAUGGAAAGGUCCGAUUCAUGAAGGUAAGCGAGCUGUACCAUUAUAUGUAUGCAUUGGGUGUCUUUGAAUACGCCGUUAAAAUUUCUCUAGAAUUUGGGUCCAACAUUCGAAUGAGUAGUGUGGUCACUCAAGGGAACUAUCGAAGCACUUGUAAUAAUCUGCAUAACGGGUACGACUUUUGCUUCAUCUGCUGCUCACAUAAGAACCCUUCUCUGAGUUACUUUCCUGUGGGGUUCAAUAUGACUGAACAGCGGAUGCACAUAAGGAGCUACUCCACCUUGGUUGAAGAAUUCGCUGCACGAUGUGUAGUGAAGAGGUCAGACAGGCCAGCCACAGGGAGGAUCUCCAUGCGUAAGUUUCUUCCCCCGGGUCACGCUAGCAGUGGCCACGUUAGGAGUGAUCAUCUUAACGGUGACCAUGUUAACGGUGAUGACGUUAACGGUGAACAUGCUAACGGUGACCGUGUUAGUAGUGGCAUUAGCAGCACCCUGAGCAGUCCCUGUAGUGCACUCAGUUGGAGCCCCACCAACGCAUUCAGCUUCCGUACUAGUAGCCACUUAACCUGCAAAGAGGACGCAUCACCUGUGGAACAUAUGUCCGAGAGGGAGCAACAACUGGCCACACAGGCAGACACGCACACCAGCAUCUACGGUAGCAUCCACAGUAGCAUCCACGUAGGCAUGACUAGUCCUGAUUACGCUACUACAUGUGAAAUGGAAGGUAGAGAUAGAAGUAGUAGCAGAGGUAGUGACAGAGCUCCAAGUUCGUGUGGGGGUGCGUCCGGCAGUUCGCCCGAUGGGGAAGCAAAGGAAGUGAAUGUGACAAACGAAAGGAACGAAAGGAACGAGGCGAAUAAAGUGGCUAUGUUUGCACCCUCCGUUUUGCCCCCCCUGGAGAACCGAGUGCUGCCUUUAACGGGUGACUUCGUAUCGGAGGGCCUCCAUCCUAAGGGAGAAGGCGAAUGCCAGGAUGAGGUACACACCAACGGCAGCGUGAGUGACGCAGAGGAGGAAGGGGAAGCUCAGGAAAAUUAUUGCAAUGGGGAGGACAUGAAGAAGGGUGAUGAAGACGACAACGGAAGUAGUGGAAUAGCCGGAAAUACCACCACUGGCAAUGUUAAUGGAAUUGCCUGCUCCAAUGUUAGUAACUAUUCCUAUGGUUGCACCUCAGGUUACGCCUCGGGCAGUGGCCCCACUUGCUACACGCACACCGGUCAAAGCCUCACCCGCGUUGGUAGCUACCAACCCUACUUCAAAAAAGAUUGUCUGUAUAUGCCUGAACUGUUAAGCCACCCUCAAGGAGAGAAAAUCACCCCGUAUGAUUACACCAAAGGAGGGCAGGACGCUACCGGUGAGGUGGUUCUAUCAUCAACAUUGAAAGGGGAGGCAUCCCCCAAUUGGAAGGAGCUCAUUUGGACCCUAGUUAAGAACGAGGCGCCUAAUUGUAGUCACCCUGGAGAAGAGAAGGAGGGGAAGUCAGUAAAGGGGAUGAACAACCCGCACGAAGAGGACGAGGUGAAGGACCCUUGUCCCUACAUUCAUGCUGAGAUUGCUUCUAACGGUGGACGCCACUUCUAUGUGGAGCAGGCAAAAAUCUGGGACCCCCCAGGGGAUGCGAAGGGGGAUCAUCAAGACAACGUAAAGGGCGACGAGGAAAAACUUGCGCAAGGUGAAAAAGUGAAGGAAGUCGAAAGGGAAGUUGUGAAGAAUGAGGAUGGAAAAACAAUUCGGAUAGAAGGAGAACCCCCCAAAUGCGAUGACUUCAUAGAAGGAGACCGCGAGGAAUCCGAGCUGCACACCGAAAGCGAAGAAACAAGUCAAUCGAAAAGAAAAAAUAAAAUUGCCUAUCGCAGUGGGGGGGGAGACUUGGCGCAAACGGAGUGCAUGCACAGAUAUGAGUUCCCAAACACAUGUGGCAGCCACACGCGGGGUGAUGUCGCUAACAUAAUUAGGAGGAUUAAAAAAAACAAAGUCUACACAUCCAUAAUAAAGAAUCUAAGUAGGCAGAUGUGUGCAUGGAGGGAUGGAGAAAGCACACACAGGAAAAUUAAAAAAAAAAAAAACUUCACAUUGGUGAGUAACAACCACUGUUUGGAGGAAGUUAAAGAAUUGCUUUUGUUUCACGGACAGAAGGUAGUAGACCUGGACGAAGCUGACCAAGUGGGAAGCCAAAUGGUGUGCCGGUCGCUGCAACGAAUUCAUCCUCAUCCAUUUGAGUACCGCCCCCUUUCCUGGAGAGAAGGAAGAUCCGUCAGCCCACUUCAAACCUCCCUACAGAUGAUGCGAGGAAACAUAAACACAGACAACUCAUUAACUCAUAGAAGACGCAUGCACCACCACUACUCAAUCGCACGCUUAUACAAAAGUAAUGUCAUGAGGAAGGGAAGGAGAGCAAAAUGGAGAAAGGACCGAUUCGAUCAUGUAACUGAAUUUGCACGAUUCUUUAGGGAAGUGUCUGAAUUGAGAAAACCGCAAAAUGGCUCCCAUUCAGAAGGAGAGAGUGAUUCGAAGGAGCUUUUAGAGAAAAAAGCAGGUGGUAGUCUCUGGGGGAACAGCUCCCCGAGCAGCCUAUCCGGUGGGACCAAUUGUACAGCUACCCACAUUGGAACCUCCGAUGGGGGGGAGGUCGGCAUGGAUGGUGGUACAACGAAUGACGAAGAACUAGGUGCACCAAUGAAGAGAAAAAAGAGAAGAACAUGA